AUGGAAGCUCUCGCCCUUGCUUCCACCUUCGCCACGCUACUCGGCUUCUCGUUGCAGCUGUACACCAACUGCAAGUACUACAUCGACGCUGCUCGGGGCGAUUGCCCUAACGACCUAAAGCUCAUCCUCAUUGAGACAGGGAGCUUGGAGGCAACCCUGAAGUCGGUCGAGUUAAUCCUCUCCCUUAGCGACAACAAAAAGGAGGACGAGGAACGAUUAAAGCGCCAGAUCGGCAAGACCCUGCUAGACAUCAAGUCAUGCAUGGAGGACUUGCUGAAGCUGGUGCCCAAGCCCAUGCUCAAAGAGGGUGACAGCAAGGCAACGAAAAGGGAGAAGGCCAAGCUUCUCCUCAAUGCCGUCGCCUGGGGUACGAGCGGCAAAAAGGGGACGUGCGACAUCCUGCUCAAGCACCUCAGGGCUCACAAGGCGACUCUUAGCCUGGGACUCACCGCCGAGCUGAGCCAUGAUGUGAAGAAGAUUGGCCACGAUGUGUCCGAGGUCAAGUCAUCUAUCAACACCAUGCAGGUCAGGCUAGACAGUCACCAACGGGCCGAGAUCUACGAGUGGCUUGAGCAAGUCAACCCUUCCAAGAACCACAACAACGCCGGCCGAGCGCACGAGGCUGAUACCGGGAAGUGGUUGACCCGCUCGGCCGAAUGGAAGGCCUUCAUCGACUUGUCACCCGCGCCCAAGGCCGGCUUUUUCUGGCUUCACGGCAUCCCCGGUGCUGGUAAGACCGUCAUGGCCUACACCAUGAUUCAACAGGUCCGCGCCCGCGCAAAGCUGGACAAGGCCGUGGGCUAUGCCUACUAUUACUGUUUCCACGGCCGAAAUAAGGAUGAAGCGGUGCCAUUCUUGACGUGGAUUAUCUGUCAGCUCUGCCGGGAGAAAGACUUCAUCCCCGUCACCCUCAACGAGUUGUUCCACGACGGCUGCGAGCCCAGCAUCCCGGACCUGCUUGACUGCCUCGAGGCCGUCCUGACCCAGUUCCAGGCCGCCUAUAUAGUGAUCGAUGCCAUUGACGAAAGCAGUCCCCGGAAGGACCUUCUCAGUAUCCUCUGCACCCUCGGGGGGGACCCACGCUUCGCCAAGAUUCGUCUCGCAGCCACCAGCCGCGAGUAUGAAGAUGUCGAGAGAGCCUUCAAGUCCCGGGCCACCUCUGUAUCCAUGAACAAUAAGGGUGUCGAGGAAGACAUCCAGAAAUUCGUCCACUCGGCGCUCAAAGAUCCCCAGUACGAUGGAUGGGGUCGUAAACUCCGAGAGAAGGUUGCCGCCAUGGUGCCGGUCAGGGCCCAGGGAAUGUUCCGGUUUGCGGCCUGCCAGCUCGAGUAUCUGGCCGAGUGUGGUAGCGCCAGCGACGUGGAAAGAGAACUUGUGAACCUGCCCCCCACCCUUAACGGCACAUACGAGCGUAUUCUCCGGAGGAUCGAACCCAGCCACCGCGCAUUUGCCAUCCGGGCCAUGGCUAUCAUCAUGGCUUCCAUGGAGCAGAUCGGCCCGAUAUAUGGCCCGACCCUCGUCACCACCGUCCUCGGCGGCCCCGGUAUCAAUUCCUUCUACAACAUCGACUUGAUGCGGCGCCACUGUGUCUGCCUCAUAAAGGUCCACCCGGACAGGACGGUUAACCUAGCCCACUACACGGUCCGCGAGUUCCUACAAUCCAGCUACGUCGCCAAGUCGCAUAGCCUGCGCGACUUCUCGCUCCCGGCUCGUAAGGUCAACCAGGUUUACUUCAACACCCUCAUGGCGGUAGCUACCCAGUUCUCGGGCCUUCCCAAUAUCCAAAACAUACCCGAGGACCCCAACGGAGAUCCCAUCGACUUUAGACUCUACGCCCUCCGCAGGACCCGGAUGGGCAUGUUCUGGAACCGAGGGGAGCUUGCCGCCCCUGCCGAGAAUAAAAAGUUGUUGAUGACGCUCCUCGACCCGUAUCAGCCUUGCUAUGCCGGCUUGCAAAUCUCGGGCUCCGACGGGCACUGGGACGGGUCCAACCCGGCCAUGUUUGAGUGGCUGCCCAAGUUCAACCCCGGGGCCGACGCCAUGGAAAGGGACGCCGCUUACCUGACCAUGCUAAUUGGCUUCAACCAACCUGACCUCGUAAAGGAAUUCCUCCGCGGCAAGUCGGAUCGGGACCAGCUCGCCUUGUUCAACACCAAGAUGAGCGUCACUUUCCCCGUCGAGUGGGAAACCUUCCGUAAGCACGGCACUUACGACCGCAAGCCGAAGCCUGUGACGGUGAUGGAGUUUUACAACGAGGGCCACGACCGUGGGUUCGAGACCGACGACGAGAUGAACAUCCUUCGCGGUGCCCUGGGCGCGUACCUACCGGCAGGCAAGGGCCCCGCCGCUGCUGCGAAGAAGUCUUCUACCACCACCGCCGGUCGGAAGUCCUCUCUCGGCAGCCAGACCUCGUCCCCGUCCGCAAACAAGCCCAGCAGCGGCCGCAGCACACCAACCGGCGGCGCCAGGAUAACCGUCACCCGCGACAACGGCCCCUCCUCAACCGGAGGGCCCUCCAGGCUCGGCGAGGCGAGGUCCCCAAACUCGAGCGCCCCAAAGUCGCCGAGAGCGGCCAAGCCGUCCAACACCACCACCACGGCCAGCAGCUCGCGGGACACGGCCGCCUCCCACACCACGGGCGCCACCCGGCUGGCCCCCCCUACCAGGUUAGCAGGCUCCAGCACCACCACCGGCAGCAGCAGCCAUCAGUCGUCUCAUACGUCGAGCACCUCAGCAAGCAGGAACUCUCAGCCGCCGCCGCCCACGGCUCCGCCUCUCGGCCGCAGUGGCAAGCAGACGUCCACCCAGAGGGCCAGCAUCUCCGGCCCCGCCGGAGGUGAUUGUUACUUGGAAUGGGUAUAUUGCUUUUGUUUGGACUUGUUUAUUCGGCGUUGAACUUUGUCCGUGGACGCCCCUAUUCCCCCGUGUUGAAAGUGAAAGUGGAUGCAGCCGUAGCAACGGCCAGCCACAAACUUGAAUGCUAAAGAAAGGAGAGUACAGUCACAGAGUCCGGAUUCGGGGAGACAUUUUCUCAUCGCGGCUGAGAGAUGCCCAGGACAAGGUAGGACCUUGGACCUCCACUGAUCACCAGCCACCACUCCCUCUUCACGGUUCAUCAUCCUCUCAUCCAACAACACCACCGCCCUUCCUAUCCUAACCCCAUACCCUAACUCAACCACCUUAACAUACAAUUGCCACUCGCUCCAACCAAAGCCCCCAAACUCUCCUCCAUGACAAUCCCGAGAAUCCCCCAACGGUGAUCAACACACCCUGCAGCCACUUGACGAACCCAUUCCUUUCCGGUGACGCAACACCCAAAAGGAUCACCCA